GGAGCAUCAGCUGGCACUUCUGGUUGUGGGUGAAGAAGCUGGUGGCGAGGAAGCUCCGCUUGGGUUUGCCUUCCGCGAACCGCUCGGGGAAGACCUGGAACCACCAGUGAGAACCGCCGAUGGAUGAUGUCACAUCUGAUAGUUCUGAGUCCAGCCAAGAGGUUAUGGCUACCAAGUCCGUUUUUGUCACCGUGGGCACCACCAGUUUUGACGAACUCAUAACCUGUAUGUCUUCCGAAGCUACCCUCCAGCUACUCAGGAACCUUGGUUAUAACAAACUUGUUCUACAAAUUGGAAAUGGAAGAGUGGUCCCAGAAUCCUUCACUUCUGCGUCUUUCUCUCUGAUUGUUUACAGGUUCAAGAAUUCCCUGAAAAAAGACCUUAAGAGAUCAGAUCUGAUCAUUAGCCAUGCAGGUGCAGGGAGCUGCUUGGAGGCCUUGGAAGAAGGGAAGCCCUUGGUGGUAGUGGUAAAUGAAAAGCUGAUGGACAAUCACCAGUUAGAGCUGGCCAGACAGCUGCACAAAGAAGGGUCCCUUUUCUACUGCACAUGCAGCACCCUUCUUGAGCUGUUGAAAUCAGCAGACUUAUCAUCAUUGAAACCUUUUCCUCCUGGCAAGCCAGAGAUAUUCUCUGAAUUUUUGGAUAAAGUUAUGGGAUUUAAAAAAUGAAUGCCAGUCUCUCAAAAUUUUUGACCCACCUAGGUACACACAUAGAUAAGCCUUCCUAGAAAAUUCGGUGAGAUCAAAUCCUCUCUUUUGGGGGGGGGGGGGGGCAAAGUGACUUGACCAGGGUCACACAGCUAGUAAGUGUUAAGUGUCUGAGGCCAGAUUUGAACUCAGGUCCUCUUGAAUCCAGCGCCAUCUAGCUGCCCCUCCCUUAAUAAAAUUUCUCCAUCUAAGGAUGCAUCCAAAGUUUCUUCUUGCUUGAACAUUUGUAAACAUUUACUCAGAUCGUUCUAGCUACUGUUAGUUUUUAGUCAAUGCACUUUAUCAGUACACUUGUCGGGGCUAGACAGACACAGGUUGUAACCUGGAAUCCCAUAUGGAGAUUUUUAAAGCCUUGUGGCUUUUAAGAAAUGCUCUGAGGAGCUUGACAGUUGGCACCCCCCAGAGAUGUCCAAGAAAGGGAACUCCAAAAAAAUUCAAAAGGUGCCUCACUAGAAAUGUGAAUGAAAGGAAGCACCCUCCUCCUAGUCACUCAGGUUUAUCAACUCUGUGUUACCAAAUCAUCCCUGUCCCUCACUACACAUAUCCAACUGGUUUCUGUACCUUGACAUUUCUACCUCCACAGCAUUUCUCAUACUCUUCCUACUACACCACACAAGACUUAGAUGUCCCAUACAAUAUCCAAACUACUACUUCUAUCUUUGCUGAGCAUACCUUGCUUUUGCCUGCCUCCGUUUGCCCAUCUCAUCUCUACCUGCAAAAAUAUUAACCAAUCCCUAAAUCUCACCUCAAAUCCCAACUCUCCAUAAAUCUCUCCCUGAUCCAAACUGGAAGUAAUCUUUUCCAACUCUGGUUCUCUCCUACCACUUAAUUACAUACUACAUUGUAUUGUAGAUCUUUUGAAAAAUCAAUAUUGCUCUUUCAAGUAAGUUCCUGAGGAUAAAUCUCAU